AUGGAGUCGUUUCUUCGGAGAGUCUCCGAUCGUUGGCCGGUCAUCGCUCAGGCUGCCACGUGGACGGUGCUUUUAAUGUUCACCGUCGCCGUCGCUUCGUUUGUUCCGGAGAUGGCGUUUGUGUCGACGGUUUCGUCUUCUUGCGACGGAGGAGGAGAUGGGUUUGUGAAGAUUCCGACGGAGUUUCCCGGAGAGAGUGUGUGUGUGCCGUCUCAUAUGGUGAAGAGAUCUAGUUACGAUUUGUUUGUGCCUUCGGUUUUCGCGGCGGUUAUGGUUACGGCGUCUGCUUGUUUGAUCCGAUCAUGUAUUGGGACGGAUAAUAUGGACGAUGAUGAUAGAUAA